AUAACUUUUCGUGUUCCACCCCUGCUUUGAACUAAAGCCUUCAAACAGAAAUAUGACAAUAUCCACUGAAGGUUUAUCCAAGAAUAGCAUAGCACCACUAUAACAGAUUCUCUUUCUCGGUGCAUGUGUCUAUAAAAGAUUUUGUAUAUCUAGCUAUAGUUGUUUCUCUUCAUUUUAUAUAAAAAUGAAAUAAGUAGAUGAGAAUAAAAAAACAUAAAUGAGAAUAUCAUUUUCCUUUUAUUAUUCGUUUUAUGCAAUUUCAUUUGUAGUUGCAUUUAAUAAAUUCGUACCUACUACCUGAAAAGCGUAGUAUAAUUGGCGUGAAAGAAACCCUAAUUAAGUUCAUUUCAUCUUCAAGUUAGGAACAGAAACAGGAGACGAAUUGAAUCGAAGGCCAGGGAUUAAGCUUCAAAAAUUAAGCCAUAAACGUACACAUGUACGGAAAAUAUAGCACUGAGCAUUCGCAUCGGUUGUUGAAGAGAGAAGAGAGAAGAGAGAAGAGAGAAGAAAUAGAAUAUGAUAAUCAGACUUGUUCUUCCUCCUAGACCAUCAUCAUCAUCAUCAAUUCUAUGUUUAUUCGCCGGAAAUCGCUCCUUUUUACGUCUCAGGCCAAACCUAAAAUGGGAACAAGGCGAAUUGAAGAGGCAUUUGAAUUUACGAUCCAUGUCUGGAUCAGGGAGCUCUUGGUCUCCAUCGCCCGUAUUGUCGGAGAAACUGCAGGUGGAUCAAGUAUUAGUUAAUAAGGUUUUAUCUGGCAAAGAGGAUGAACAUGGAGGUGUUAUCGUGGAAAUGUCUACAGACCCCAUCGAUCCACUUGUGUUUACUUCUUUGCUUAAAGCUUCAAUGCUGCAUUGGAAACAACAGGGUAAAAGGGGUAUUUGGAUCAAAUUACCAAUCGGGCUUGUAAAUCUCAUUGAACCUGUGGUUAAAGAAGGGUUUUAUUAUCAUCAUGCGGAACCAAAACACUUGAUGCUUGUGCAUUGGAUUCCUGAAACAACAAAUACAUUGCCAGCUAAUGCAAGUCAUAGAGUGGGCAUUGGGGCUUUUGUUAUGAAUCAAAAUGGACAGGUUUUGGUGGUGAAAGAAAAGAGUGGAAAAUUCCGAGGAACUGGCAUAUGGAAGUUUCCUACUGGAGUUGUUGAUGAGGGUGAAGAUAUUUGUGAUGCUGCGGUUAGAGAGGUUAAGGAGGAGACUGGAAUUGACACCAAAUUCCUGGAAGUGUUGGCAUUUAGACAAAGCCAUAAAUCAUUCUUUGACAAAUCGGAUUUAUUCUUCAUGUGUAUGUUGCAACCUUUGUCCUUCAACAUCCAGAUACAAGAAUCAGAAAUCGAGUCAGCCCAGUGGAUGGGUUUUGAGGAAUAUGCAGAUCAAGAUUUUGUGCAGAAGCAUGAUCUUCUCAAGUAUAUGGUGAACAUAUGCAUAGCAAAGAGAGAUGGAAAGUAUAAUGGCUUUUCUCAUGUGUCUACAGUUACAAGUUUCUCUAAAAAACAAAGCAACCUUUACUUCAACACCAAGGAUUUCAACUCUUCUUAACAUUAACAUUAACAUUAACAUCUCAUUUAAUUAUUUUUCUAUGUAUUUCACACAUUCACUCAGCUGCUAUCGCCUUAUGCUGAUAUGGUAUAUAUGAAGCAGAAGCUUGUAAUUGUAUUGGGACUAAUGAAUUCAUACAAACUUCAAUGUAACAUAUUUUUGAAGAUAUAUAAUUUUUAGAAUGUGUUUCCCAUGGACGUA